AUGUUGAAGGGUUUCAAUGAUGCUUGGGGUGGUGGGCUUGAUCCUUCGGAGUUUGUGGGUCCAUCCAAGGCUCCCAAACCGCAAGGUCUAGGUGGGUUAGAAUUGUUGCAGACAGGUCCUGAUGCUGCAACUAAACCGGGUGCUGCCGGUAGCGGUGCUGGUACUCCACUUGAUAAUUUGGUGACAAGCAUGAAGGGUCCUGAGAUGUAUAUCUCGGAGGAGAUUAGUGCAGAGUUUAGGGAAUCAUUGCUUGCAAGGGUUGGAUUGAUGGGUGUUGUUUACCUCAGGACUUUGCCACCUAAAACUGCUGGUGAUAAGGAAACUGAAUUCUCAUUCCGGGUUGAGGGAACUAGUGCUGUUAAGAGAUUUGCUUUGCAGAGUUCUCGUGUUAGUAGCCUUGGUAAUGGGAUGUUUCAUGUAAGGACUGCAGCCUCAGAGGAGCCUAUACCGAUAAUCAAGUAUAGUUUGCUGCCGAGGCUGACACCAUUGCCUUUGAGGGUUCGGCUUAUAAAACGACAUACUGGAAGUUUACUCUCUGUGAUGAUACAAUAUGCUUCAAACCCUGAUUUGCUGACUCCUCUGACUGAUGUUACAUUCAUUCUUAAACUGCCGGUUGACCCGACACUGUUGAAACUUUCACCAAAGGCCGUGUUGAAUAGGACUGAAAAGGAAGUGAGGUGGCUUAUUUCGGAGAUCCCGUUAAAGGGCACUCCUGGAAGGUUGAGAGCUAGGAUGCCGGUAGAUUCUAGUGAAGGUGAUGAAGAAAUUGAGGUGGUUGGGUAUGUGAAAUUCUCUUUACAAGGAGCUCAAUCAUUUUCUGGAGUUAGUCUACGGCCUGCCUCUGAGGGUAAGACAGACUUUUAUGAGGUUAGUCAUAAAUUGGAGAGUGGGGUUUACAUGUGCAAUUGA